AUGCGAAUAAAAAAAAUCCUUUUAAGAGUAAAUGUUUUAGGUAAAUGUGUCGAAAAUUUAGUAUUAAUGCAACAUAAUUCCGAGAUUAGAAUGUUCACGAUUCCUUAUCUCCAUCUGACUAUCAAACAGACAUGUAGAUACAUGUACAUUAAAGCUUUUAAAACCAAGAACAGGGCGAAAUCAUUUACAAUCAAGUGCUUAUCAAAAAUUCAAAUCAUCUGUUUAGUUCAAAGCAAGCAAAGAAAAAAAGUUACAUAA